CUCUAUUCUUAGAUUGUCUUGUAAAAUCUGGCAAUCUCUAUCCCCCCAAUACACCCCACCCACCUAAACAUGUCACACGCAACUCCUUCCCCUCCUCCUCCUUCCCCUCCUCUCUCAUACACCCUACAUUGAUGAAAAACAAACACACCAAACCCUCACACACAACACCACCACGCCAUCUCGAACAGCGGCUUGUUUUCUAUCCGGUGGAGACGACGACACCACAUUGUCCACCUUCCGGCCUGGCAAAUGGUCGCUGUUCGCUCGUUCCUCUUCCUCCUCAUCUUCCUCUCCUCCACUCACCUCUCCCUCUCCUUGUCACAAGAACAAGAAGCUCUCUUGAAGCUCAAGAACUCUCUCUCUCCUGCAGACAAUCCCUUGGACAACUGGGAACCAAACACCUCCCCGUGUAACGACAAAUGGGCUGGGAUUGUCUGCAACGAAGAUGUCAUCACUGGUCUCCAUUUCCCCAACAUGGGUCUCUCCGGAAAUAUUGACAUCGAUGCAUUGAAAGACAUUCCUACCCUCAGAACCAUUAAUAUCAUGAACAACAAAUUCUCAGGUCCGAUUCCAGAUUUCCACAAGCUUGGUGCAUUGAAAUCCAUGUUUUUAGCGGGAAAUGACUUCUCCGGUGAAAUCCCAAAAGACUACUUUUCCAAUUUGACGUCGUUGAAGAAAAUUUACAUCAACGGUAACAAUUUCACAGGAAAAAUCCCAGAGUCAUUGACCCAAUUGACCAAGCUAGAACAACUUCACUUGGAGAAAAACCAAUUCACAGGCCCUAUCCCGGAGUUAAAAUCAGAAGUAUUGAACUCACUCGACUUUUCGAACAACAAACUACAAGGUCCUAUCCCGGAAACCCUAUCGAAAUUCGACCCCAAGGCGUUUGAAGGAAACGAAGGACUAUGUGGCGGGCCACUCAAGUCAUCAUGCAAGCCACCUCCAACACCGUCAUCUCCUCCGCCAGAAUCCCCAUCAAAGUCACCACCCUCGGCGCCGCACUCGACUCCAUCUAAGAAAGAGGAAGAUAAAAGAUCAAAAACCAUAAUCAUAGUCAUCAGUGUCAUUGCCGCUAUCAUGGUUCUACUCCUGCUUUACGUGCUGCUCACAAAGAAGAGGCGAAAACCAGAGGACGAUUUCAACGUGCUCGGCAAAGAACAGAUCAUGGAUGACCAUCGUAAUGUACAGGAGCAGGUGGUUGACGUUCAUGUUCCAAGCACCACAAAUCGCAGCGUGAGAAGCACGAAUGAGUCAAAUCGUAGCAUGGAGGUCAACCAAAGCAAUAGCAGAAAAGGUGGCGGGGACUCGAAGAAGGGGUCGAAUCAUGGGAAAAUCGGCAUGAACGAGCUUUUGAUGGUGAAUGAGGAAAAGGGUACGUUUGGAUUGCCGGAUUUGAUGAAGGCAGCGGCGGAGGUUUUGGGGAAUGGAGGGUUGGGAUCGGCUUACAAGGCGGUGAUGUCUAAUGGGUUUUCGGUGGUAGUGAAGAGGAUGAGGGAGAUGAAUAGGUUGGGGAGAGAUGGGUUUGAUGCUGAGAUGAGAAGGUUUGGAAGAUUAAGCCACAAGAAUAUAUUGACUCCUUUGGCUUACCAUUAUAGGAGAGAGGAGAAGCUGUUGAUCUCAGAAUACAUUCCUAAGGGCAGCUUGCUAUACGUUCUGCAUGGUGAUCGUGGAAUUUCUCAUUCGGAGCUGAACUGGUCAACCCGUCUGCAGAUAAUUCAAGGAAUUGCAUGUGGAAUGGGAUUCAUCCACACAGAGUUUGCAUCCUAUGACCUGCCCCAUGGAAACCUAAAGUCCAGCAACAUUCUACUAAAAGAAGACUAUGAGCCCGUGCUCAACGACUAUGCCUUACAUCCCCUCAUAAACCCUAGCAAUUCUGCACAAUCCAUGUUUGCUUUUAGGACCCCAGAGUACAUAGAAUCCCAGCAAAUAUCUCCGAAAGCCGAUGUAUACUGCCUUGGAAUUGUGAUCCUUGAAAUCCUCACCGGGAAGUUCCCAUCUCAGUAUCUGAGCAACGGGAAAGGCGGAACCGACGUCGUUCAGUGGGUCCAAUCAGCCAUGGCUGAGCAAAGAGAACAAGAGUUGCUAGACCCAGAGAUAGCAAGUGAGACAGAUUCAGUGGAUCAAAUGCUGCAGCUUCUGAUGGUUGGAGCUGAUUGCACUACGAGUGAGCCUGAGCAAAGGCUUGAUUUAAGGGAAGCCAUUAGGAGGAUUGAAGAGGUACGAGUUUGAGAAGCAUGCAGGCAUGCAUGCAUAUAUAUAUGCGCUUGCUAGGUAUACUUCAAUGCAUACUUCAAGACAAAUGGGAUUUUCUUACAAAGGUGAGAAAUUUAAAGGGCUGAUGCGCGAAACCACAGAAGCUAAUGCAAAUGAGUGAACAUUGAUAAUUCAGGAAGUGUUUUGUUUUUCUCCUUACCAUGCAUAUAUAUAGGUGAGUUAAAAAGAGGGUAGGGGAGAGAGAGAGAGAGAGAGAGAGAGAGAGAGAGAGAGAGAGAGAGAGAGAGAGAGGGUGUUGGGUUGGAACAAGGGAAGAAAAAUGGAAUUUAGUGAAAAAUACUGAAUAUAUUAAGUGAUAUUUCUAUUCUGAAGGAAGGUUUGGUUCUUAGUUCUUGGGUUUUUCUUUUUCUUUUUAAAUUUAGAUGUACAGAGAAGGAACCUUUAUAAUUUUAUUUUUUCUAGCUAGGAAUACCAACAGGGAGAUUCAUUCAUGUAUUUACAUGUUCCUUGACUAAACAUACAUGUAUUGCAUGAUUUUGUUUUAAA